AUGACUUCUAAUCCUACCUUCAACCAGGAGACGGGCGCCGCCGAAGUCGCCAAAGCGUACAGCGAUGCAGUACGCGACAAGACAGUUGUCAUCGUUGGAGUAUCGCCACAAAGCUUGGGCGAGUCCAUGGCAAUGGCGCUAGCCUCGCAGUCGCCUGGCCUCCUCGUGUUGGCGUCCCGAACCAUGCUCAAGAUUAAUGCCGUUGCUUCGAAGGUCAAGGAUCAAUAUCCGGACGUGCGACUUGAGAUGGUUGAGGUAGAUCUAGCAUCGCUUGCAUCAGUCCGAGAGGCUGCAGACAGAAUCGACAAAGUGGUCGACAAGAUUGAUAUCCUGAUCAACAAUGCGGCCGUUGUCAUGCAAACACAUGAACGCACCAAAGAAGGCCUCGAAAUGCAGUUUGGCACAAAUCACGUUGGGCCCUUCCUAUUGACUAACCUUUUGAUGCCCAGAAUCAUCCAGGCAGCAGACAAGUCGCAAUCGAAGGGGACCACUCGAAUUGUCAACCUGACCAGUGCCGGUCACAUCAUCUCACCGGUUCGAUUUAGCGACCAUAACUUCACCAAGAGGCCAGAAGACCUUCCCGAGGAUGAACGGCCAAUGUCGCGCCCAGGUCUCUCAUUUGACCCGCCACCAGGGAAGACGUACGUACCUUUUGUCGCGUAUGGCCAGUCCAAGACAGCAAAUGUCUUGAUGUCUCUCUCCAUCUCCGAGAAGCUGGCGCAAGAAGGGGUCAGGUCGAUAGCAACUCAUCCAGGCUCUAUUUGGACGGACCUGUCUCGCGAUCUGGAUGAGGAACACCAGACUCUGGUCAGCAAGACAGCCAAUUUUUGGAAGACCUUGGACCAAGGAAGUGCCACCACGCUGGUAGCCGCGCUUGAUCCUAAACUCAGCGAAGAUACGAGCGUGAUCUACUUGAACGAUUGUCAAGUUGCCGAGCCCGCCGCGCAUGCUAAGGAUCCCACUACCGCGGAGAGACUGUGGAAAUUAAGCGAAGAGAUUGUUGGCCAAGCAUUUGACUAUGGCAGCACAGGUCGACUGUAG